CGAGGGAUUGCACGCCACCGCCUCCGCGUCAUCCGGAUUCUCACCACACCAAUUCCACUUCCCCACGAGCUCCUGGCUCAGCCUCCCGAAGAGCACGCACGCGGCGCGGGUAUGGAUACGACGACGCUCACCGUCACCCACUCCCGGCUCCGUCCUGCUGCUACCGACUCCGCGGCACGUCGCCGCUCGCCGGCGGGAGGCCGCGGCCUCGGCUCAUUGGCCGCCCGGGUCGCCAAGAGCCUCGCCCGCGGCCUCGUCACCUGCGUCUUCGCGACAGUGGGCACGGUCCUCGGCGCGAUCACGGGCGGGCUGAUCGGGCUGGCGACGGAGACGGGCGUGGUGCGCGGCACGGGCGUCGGCGGCCUCACGGGCGCGCUCGUGUCCAUGGAGGUCGUCGACUCCUACCUCGCCAUGUGGCGCUCCGACGAGCCGGCCAUCUGGAGCGCCGUCUACGUGCUGGACGUGAUCUGGAGCCUGCUGACCGGCCGCCUCGUGCGCGAGAAGGUGGACCCCGCCGUGCUCAGCGCCGUCGAGAGCCAGAUGAGUGCAGUGGAGGCACCGGUCGGACAUGGUGACGGCGCCGACAUCUUCGAGACGGGUGGCAGCAGCGGCAUGCCGAGGGCCGCCAUCGACGCGCUCCCGGUGGUGAGGUUCGCCGUGAGCGGCAACGUCGACGCCGGCGGCGAGCUCACCGUGUGCUCCGUUUGCCUCCAGGAGUUUGAGGCCGGCGAGAGCGCGAGGAGCCUGCCGGUGUGCCGCCACACGUUCCACCUGCCGUGCAUCGACGGCUGGCUGCUCCGGCACGCCUCCUGCCCCUUGUGCCGGCGCGCAGUCUAGGCAGCCGAUACUCUCCGAGUCUCUGUAACUGUACUGAACCUUGUGUAGCUCGUGAGAUGCGUCCAUAGGAGCUGACACCCGUUCAUGAACAGCACUGAACUUCACACAAUCACCACCAUUUUUGUGAAACACAGCAGCGUGAAUACUCUGUAGCUCGUCAGAUGAUCAGACUGGCGGCGUCUUGUAUGUAAUUGUAACCUUGAAUUCUUUUUCAUUGGUUAACUUAUGCUGGAGUA